UGCUUUCUGGUGUGAACAUAAAUCUGCGCGUGUUUCCGUUCACAUGGAGAUACACGGAAACGUUCGUCUCGCGCAGAGCCAUCACAAAAGCCGCGUUUAAUAAAGUCAGAAACAGCAGCGGAGCGACGCGAGCCGAAGGAACCGGACUUUCGAGAAGAACCGGACCUGCGGCGGGAGCAUAUCAUCUCAUCAUCCAUCCAGUUCUGCAUCUUUCUCUGGACUAUCACAAUCAAUCACUCCCUUAUUAUCUGAUUUUCGCCAUAAAAAAAAAGUGUGCCGGCACUAUAAUGCCGUUGGUCUUUACACUUCUCUGCCUCUGCGUUUUAAAGAUGGGCGGCUUCUCCGCAUCUGUCACUCAAGCCACCGUCCAAUCAGACAUUCAGUGUCAUGACUGGGGCGUGUGGAGCGAGGGUUCGGUGCGGGUGUAUGAGGGGGAGGUGGCGUAUCUCUACUGUCCGCUCUUCUGUCAUCCCACGCUCUACAGCUACAGUCAGAUUCAGAACAGCAGUCUGUCUCUGCUGUGGUACCGACACACACACACACACGAGCUGGAGCAGCCCAUCAACCUCAAACUACACACUCUGCACAAAGACCGCGAGUACCUGUGGAUACAACCGGCCUCGGCGCAGGACGCCGGACUCUACAUCUGCAUGCUCCGCAACAUUUCCUCGUGUGUGAAGAUCGGCGUGGAGCUGAAGGUGGUUCAGAAGGACGGAGAGUGUGACCUGAAAGCUCAACCUCACCUGAACCUGACCAUACCAUUCCACAGCAAACGAACCCUCACCUGUCCAGACCUGAACAAACUCACGCUGCCCAACAGCACACACUCCGUCAGCUGGUACCACUUUUGCAAUUCUCAUCUGUUUGGAAAUGGCCGAGAGCUGGAAGGAGAUGAUCUGGUGAUCUACAGUAUGAAGGGGGUGUACAGAGGCCUCUACACGUGUGUGGUUUCAUAUCAGAUGAACGGACGCAUGCUCCAGUUCACACGCAACAUUAACGUCAUUGUUGUUGUUCCUGAUGCCGGCAGUAAAGUUCCCAUCAUCCUGAAUCCCGCGAGUGAUCAGAUCUACAUGGUGACUCUGGGAGAUACAGUGACGCUGUCCUGUCAUGUGAUUCUGCCUCACCUGUACGAGGAAAAGCAGCACAUCUGGUGGACCAUCGAUAAAAAAACCGUGGAGGAACUCGCCGACCCACGAUUCAGCUCACCUGAGGCCACGCUUGCGUCAUAUAAGGACGGUGACGAAUGGAAAGAACGAGUCCUGAAUGUGAUGGAUUUUUCAGCUGAUGACCUGCAGAGGGAGUUUAACUGCUCCGCCAGAAACAGCCGUGGGUUCAACACCAGCCGAGCCGUACUGAAGGCCGAGCCGUACUUCCCGACUCUAGAGCUGAGCUGUGGUUUAGGUGUGACACUGGCGCUCAUGUUGAUGAUGUUUGUCAUCUAUCACGUGUUCUGGCUUGAGCUGCUGCUGCUCUAUCGCUCGUGGUUUGGCUCAGAUGAGAGAUACACAGAUGAUAAGCAGUAUGAUGUGUACAUCUCAUACGCUCGCAACAGUGAGGAGGAGGAGUUCGUUCUGUCCACGCUGCGUCGAGUCCUGGAGUCUGAGUUCGGUUACUCUGUCUGCAUCUUCGACCGGGACAGUCUUCCUGGAGGAAAUCUGAUGGAGUCGGUUCUCAGGUGUAUGCAGGCGUGUCGGCGGCUGCUGGUGGUGUUGAGCUCGGAUUGUUUGUGUGAGAAGAGUCUCGGUCUGCUGGAGUGUCGUCUAUGUUUGUACCUGCAUCACGCGGCGCGUGUUCCUGUCAUCACCGUGAGACGACGCGCGUUUAGUGCCCCCUGUGGUGACAUCGCGCAACUGCGCAACAACUCCAUCUCCAUCCGCUGGCACGACGCGCGAUCCGAGCGAACCAACUCGCGCUUCUGGAAGCUUCUGCGGCUUGCGCUGCCGCUGCGACCGCUCGCGCUCGGGAAAAGACUAAUCGAUAGCACUUCCUCCCAUUCGGACCUAGCGUCUGUGGCGAUGCGUUACACACAUGCGCAGACCGUCUCGCUCAGUCGGCGUAGCAAAGGGACGCGGGGCGGAGUGAGACACCAGGGCGUACGUGACAGAAGUGGGCGGGGCUGUGAACAAAAGGGGCGGGGCUGCGCAAUCUGCGUGAGUUUUCAGGAAAGUCGUCGAAUUUGGGGCGGAGUUAUCGCUACUCAGUGGAACACACACCUGCAUCAGCCUGUAGCCAAUGGGACGAUACCUCAGACCACACACAACUCCAACACUGAACCCGUAAACGACCCCGGCAACGACCUCUGCCCUUGCGAACCAAUCAACAACCACCAGACAAAUGAGCUACAAACCACUCACUGUUGAGUGUUGACUCACACUGCUGGACAACAAACCAGAGAAUAUUAUUAACGAAAUGUGUAAAUCACAAUAUCUUUCAGGUAACAUGUAAACACUGACCAUGAAUUCAAUAAACUAAAUAAAAUCAGGCUGACCUUUGACCUGAGACUGAGAUUUAUUUUCACUAGCAUGCUGCAUACUGCACAGUACAGUACAUAUACUGUCUACUGCAUGCUUUUUAAAAAAUAGUAUGCCAUGCAGUCUGCAACUAUAAUGAUUCGAACUGUA